AGACCCCCCACUGAAGGCGUCAUCAAAGUCGUGGCAGGCGAGUUCUGGGGUCCCCCUUGAUACCAGACGGGGUAAACUCCGGGGCAUACUAGCAAAGUCCGGGUGCGCGAGAUCUUGCGCCCGGGCGAAGGUGGCGCGUGAACUCCUGGUCGAAUGGAGGCGGGUACACCCCCUUUUUCAAGUCAUGGUGAGCCACUACAUUGACUACAUUUUAACUACCUCUUCACUCCCACAGCUGAACUGUGCCUUUUUUCCCAUUUCCAAUGAUUCCUGUUUUUUCAUCAGUCUUAAACACCUGGCAAACAUCACCAAACAGGGCCCUUAACAGUUCUCUGAGAAUCCUUCUGUUGCUCCCUCUCUCAGCCUCUUGCAUAUGGUUUGUGUGGCCCUGCUGUCCAUGCGUUGGAGCUGGACCAGAUUCUACUGCAUGUCAUCUGCAUUUAAAUUUUUGGAGGAUCCUAGGGCAUUUGGCAAGAACACGCAGUUCCAGUUGUGAGCAGGGAAAGCAGGGCCUGACAAGGGGGGUGAGGGGCUGCAAGGGGAAGAUGUUGGGUGGGGCAGAAGGCCAGGGGGGGUCACCUGCCCCCCCCAGAUUUAUCUUCCCUGCUAUAGCAGUGGGAGGAGGACAGAUUCAAGGCAGACCUCCAAAAAUUGGAUUCUAUAUCUGGGAAAUUAUAACAUUUAGAAUUUUUCUAGAUAUAGAAUCUAAUUAUUGACAGGUUUUCUUAUAUUCAGGGUCAUUUUAUAUUUGAGUAAAUAUGGUAAUUAGCUACCGUUACAAACACAGACGCCAUGGUGUGAAUGGACAUUGGGUCUAAAUUAUCUUUCUCACUGAAAUGGUCUUCCCAGAACAGGAUUUGAGGCAGAAAGGCAGUCCAAAGCUACUAAUGUGUUAUGUGUGAUCUAUGGAUAGAGAACUUCAAUUUCUGUCUCAUCUGUUUCACCAACCCUGAACUGCCAUUUUAAAAGUUAAUGGUUUUUGAUGUUUUACUGCUUCUAUAACUGAAAUGGGGUUAGCUUUCUUAAUAGGAUUCUAAGAUCAUGAAUUCAUAAUGUAAAAGUCUUUGGAGAGUUAGUGAGGGGGAUAAACACCUCAAAUGACACUAUAGAUUAUAACUUAAACAUCCCCAAGGAAUCUGUUCUCUUUUCAACUCUCUUGUUUAACUCCCAUUGACACUAAUGGCAGGUACAUAAAGCAUUCACAAUGGUAAGUGUGGACUUCUAAGUGCAUAUUUCAAUGCUAUACAUCAGUUUCUGUUUAAAAAAAAAAAAGUGCAAUUCAAAAAGUUCCCUAAAUAUGCAUUUAUACAACAAACUGUAAUAGCCAAAAGGAAACAUUUGAAGCCUAAUGGUCCUAUCAAUAUUUGUAUGUACUAGAUGGACCUCAACAGCUACAAAUGUCUAAAUGCCAGUUAAUCAUGCUAACUUUGUUUUUAAGCUGGUAAAUGGUUGAGAGCUUUUGGACUGCUCAUUGUCAGGUAAAAUCAAUCUGCCAAAGAGGAGAGACUGGUCAUGAUUAGUUAGCAUUUUUUCUUGUAUUUAUCUUGGCAAAUAAAAAAAAGAAAAAAGAGCAUCUUUCAAAAGUUUGUUGUUGUUGCAAACAAAUUUGCCCAGCGUAUUCACUCAUAUAGAAGAACACCUUUUCCAGAAUUAUUUUGUUCAUCGUGCAGUUACAAAAACAGGCUGUUGAAUACAUGAAAUUAAUUCAAUAAACUCCAGCACAGUUCGCACCAGAGUUUAUUGCUCCCAGGUGUGGUAUUUACACAUGUGUCCGGGCCACAGCAUAUCGAGCCAGGGUGGGGCAGCCCUGGUUGACAGAAGGCCUAGAGGGUGAGGCUGCUUCUGCCUGACUCAAGGUGCUGCAGAGGGGCUGGUUGGGCAUGAGAGUGCUACAGUGGGAGCUAGCUAAGCAGCCCUGACUGUAGUACCUUGGGGGGCCCCAGCCAGCCCAGGUCACAGUCUACAUGUGUGUUGCGGCAGAGUAAAUAACUCCACCAUAAAAUAGUACUUGUGCUGGGCUGUAUGAUCCUACUGUGGAGUUAGUUUGUUUACUCUGGCCUAAUAGCAACGCUUGUGUGGAGGGUGAUGCUUUACUGUGGAGCUAAUUAGGCAACUGCAAUAAACAUCUCGUGUAGGUGCACCCGGAAGGUAGAAAAAUGAUCUUGAUCAUGUGGACUAGGUAAACCAUAUCAGUCAGGGAGAGAGAACCUAUUAGAGCAUUCAGUUCUGUAAUUAAGUUGCUUUACCAAAGCAACUAGUGUCCUAUUGCUGAAGCACCUUCAUCAACCCUUCCUUUACAUAGAAAUCUACUCAUACUAGAGUACUUUGUGGUGAUUGAUCCAAAAGUUAUAGCUUUGCUUAGAGAUGUUAUUGUAGAAUAUUCUAUGGCAUUGCUUUGUUUCCUUUUUAAAUAAGGACUCUACUUUCUUAUCUAAAGGAACUUGCUUCUGUGCCUGAGACAAUAACUCAGGAAGUGCAGCCUGGCCCUCAUUUAGUACUGACUCUCUACAUUGUCUCACUCUUGUUGGUAUGAGAGUUGCAACUGUUCCUCUCAAAUUCUGUAGCCAUCCUGCAUUUCUCUGGUUUAUUGAACACAUCUCUUCUUCACAGUUUUUUCUCUACUUUUUCAAAAUUGUAAUAACUGUCAUCUUAAAUACUAGAUAGGUUGAUUGAGGCACUGUGGUUUUGGAGCUAGGGUCUUUUUCAGUAAUGCUAGGGAAGUUACGAGGGCCUCAAUAUCGGGUGUGGUUGUAGACAGACAAGAAGUAGCUGGAAGGUGAUAAGAGUACAGUGAACAAUGAAAAAAAAAGGUAUAGUGAUGAUGACAAGGAAAAGACAGGGGAUUGGAGAAAGAAUAACAGUCAAACCAGGAUCUGAGUGGGAAUGUGGAAAGGAAAUUAAAAUGAAAUUAUGUUUAUAAUAGAAUGAGAGAGAGAGAGGCAGGAGAAGUUACACAAAGAGUGUAGUGGGAUUAUUAUGUAUGCUGUCUCUACAAGAGAGUAUAGGGGUAAAGUUAAGGACUUUUUUGGCUGAAUGGUCAAGAAAACUUCAUAUAGUACAGGUCCUCAUUCAAUGAACAACUUAAAACCCAUGUCUAAGUGCAAGCAUCUGAGUAGUUCCAUUAUUGAAUAUUCUCACUGUAGAGGUGGUGGAAUCCCCAUGCCUUGUGGCUUAAUCCAUUGAAGUGGAAAGAUCAUCACUGAAUACAGUGAGCUUUGUAUCAGGUUCUGGAGGGGAUAGGUAAAUCAGACUAGAUAGAGCACAAGCUAAAUAACAUGCAGAGAACAUUUAUAUGCUGGUAUAAAGAUGGAUUAGCUGUUUUUUCUCUAACAUUUAUGAUUUUAACAUUCAGCUUUGUGAUUUUUUUAUUUUAGUAUUCAUGUUCCUGCAGCCUUUUUUACAUUUCUCUGUAUUUCACUGGCAGACAUCCCACAGCUCCAUAAGUCUGGGGGAAACGGGUGGUUAGCAUGUUGUUGCUGUGAGGAUUUGAGUCUGAAUGCUCUAUGCUGGUAAUGCUAGGUAUAUUUUUAAAAAACUUAUACAAUGGUAGAUAAUUAUUCCCCAUUGUAUAUCACACCCUAAUUUUGGGGAGGGAGAGAUUUCAAAUCAUUAAAAAAAAAAGUAUGGAGUUUUGGAAAGGAAAAUAGAAAGAAGGGAGUGACUGGCAUCAGUUUGGAUAGCAGUCAGGCUGGAAGAAGAUAGCUAUUUCUGUCGGUCAUCAAAGAUGUUAGCAGGCUAUUUCUUAGGAAGAGAAACACAGAGAAACGGUAAGAUUAAUUUGUAUAUGUUUCUGAUACUGGCUUCAUCUGUUGAAUUAAGACAGUUAGUUGUAUAUUGUGGUUGCCUUAUUCUGAUUUCUGUUUAGUGCUUGUUGUUCUUGUUCACUAAUCUAUUCUAUUUUUACAGUAAUCUGGCUUUCUUUUUCCUUUUCGUUCCUUGAACAGUUUUUAUAUCCCUGAGGCUCACAUGAGAUGACUAUCACUUGGUAGAGGGGUCAGUAGUGUAAUGGCAUCAAGCUUUUUUCCUCUCAGUAGAGACCUGCUUGCUUCCAAUUUUUGCGUGUUUACAUGGUGAACAUCAUACUGUAUGUCUCUGGCUAGGGUCCUUGCAGGCUGGCCUGGUGUUGUGAUUCACACACACUUUCAUGUAUCGAAACAAUAGCUCCUCUCUUACAAAAAUGCUGCUACAGUGAAUGCUGUGCUUUACACACAUCUUUUAUUGCUUGUGAACAGAUAAUAAUGGAUUCUACCAAAAGCAGCUAAACUUAUAUAAGAUGGUAGGCCAUGUCCAGCUGGAAGAAAAGAGAGCAUAAAACUGGGAAUCUGAUAGGUGCUUAGUAAUCUUCAUUAUCAAACAGGUGCUUAAGUAUAGAAAUAUCAGAAUAGAUAGACUUAAGAACUUUAGGCUCUUCCGCUUAAUGCUUGCUUCAAACUCUCUGUAAUCUCAGUUCAGCCAUAUGUAAAAUGGAGAUAAUUUUUUCAUAUCUUAUAAGGGUGCUAUUGAAACUUGAAAUGUAUUGAAAUGUUUUAAAGUAUUUUGAAUAGCAAAUAAUUGAUUGUGCCAAAAGUAUCUCUCAGCAAACACUAUUUGUAGUGGUUUCUUCCAAAUGGUAUGCUGGUCACUCAGAGCAGAUGUCUCUGACAUUUGCUAUAAUUGGCCCAUAUGAAUUUUUUAAAAAUGCACCAUUUUAUGCAGAAAGCUCCUAAGGGAGGAUCUCACAUCUGCCUUUUAAUUUCUUAUUUCCUAAAUACAGAAAUGUAUCCUUGAUUAUUCUUUCAAGGAUCAUUCUUCCCAUCCCUCCCCCUGCUUUUUGAUGCUUCCAUUGUGCUGCAUGCUUUGUAGCCUGAACACAACAUCUGAAAGUGUUUAAAACCCAACAUUUUCUUGGCUUUAUUCUGCCAUAUCUUUACCACUCAUUUCUAGUGGACAGCAGAAGGAAAACUGUUCUUAAAUUCUCAAGCUAUAGUCCUGUCUGUUGGUACUGACAGCAAGUUGUCAUUUUAUUACAGCAGGUUCAGUAAGUUACAUGACAAGAACUGGAGAUUUAAUUCCAAUCUCAUACAGAACAAGAACUCAUUAAAAAAAAAAAAAAGAAAAAAAAACAAAAUAAUAUCCCAGCACCUCAUUUGAGAUGCUUGGUGGCAGUAUUAAAAUUUAGGCAAAAGACAAACCCAGAAUUUUUGGGAAAUUUAAUAUUCCUAAUUGCCACUGAAGUCGUUGGGCACGUCUACACAUGACACUACAGUGAGGUAGCAUUGGCAGGCACGAACCAUGACACCAAACCUACUGUGCAGUAGCAAUGAGCUACAGCACAGUAGCUUAUUGUUACUGUGCAACAGCAUCGGAAACAAUUCGUGCAACACUGGGACUGCACAAUAACAACUGUGAAGUCCAGCAUACAUGUAGACGUGCCCAUUGGGACUUAAGGGUGAAGUUGCACAUUACAUUUAAGACAUACUAAGUGUACUUAAAAUGCAAAUUUGUUAAACUUGUGCUAAGUUCCUUUUGAGUGUCCUUCAGGCGAGGAUUAGCUCUGGGCUGGGUUACCUACCUCAUGUUAGGGUAUCUUUAGUUUGCUUCACAGAGAUAAAACAAGCGAUCUGCAAUCCUCCAACAUCCCAGGAUACACCUUUGCCACCUGCACCCACCCCACCCCCUCCUUGCAAGCAGGGACAGAACUCAGGUAUACUGUCUUCUACCUUUGCCCCUGCUUGCCAUCCCUCUAGUGACAAGUCAGAGCUGUGCAGGGAAGAAAUGGUAUUAACCCUUAAUAUGCAACUUCUUACAGCACAUUCUAUAUUCCACAGAUUUAAUUCUGUACAUCCUUAGUUGCCCAUAUACUCUUAAAAAUCUGGGCCUAAAUAAUUAUGAAGGCUGUGCUACCUUUUCCAGCCGUUAUGCGUAGUGGUGGCCCAUUAGGAUAAGACUGUGAGGUGGGUUGUUAAGCUUAUUUAAAGAAACUUGCAGCACUCAGAAGUUGUGCACUCAGAAGUUGUACAUUUUUGGUGAAUAACUUAAAUUUUUGUAAAUUUGGGUGAAACUAUUGAAGGAAAGUAUUUGGGAGUUAUUUUUAAAUAAAUAAGGUCUGUAUUUUGCAAUAAAACAUUAAAAUAUUUUAAUUUAAAGAGUUAGGGCUAGGAUUGCAUGAUAAUUAUUUAAAAUCGUAUUCUAAAAACAGUAUUUACUGUUAUUGCUAAUAAUGCAUUCAUUUAUUUAAACUGGAAAGCUUAAUUUCUUUUCUGUUAUUUUCAGUGGUUACUCUUUGUUAUACGCCAUCAGGUUCACUUUUCCGUUCUUCUUACCUUUCACUUGUUUUGAGUUGAAUUUCUAACAAGGAAUAUUUGACCUCAAACACAAAAAAUUGCAUUGAUUUUUCCUGUUUAAAUGUAGUGAUAACAUUUCUAUUGUUAUUGGUCUGUAACAUUUUUCCACUGGACCCUAAAUUUUGGGCCUAAAUGACCUGAAAGUAGGAUAGGAUGUGCAGUAGGUGGAAUACUGUGGUAUAAAGCUUUAAUCUAAAACCAUGACGUUCUUCAGAAUGUAUUAUUCAAAUGGGCAUAAUAUCAUAAAAUGUGGGUGGGGAGGCCCAUUGACAUACCUGUUUCAUAGUAUCCCUGGAGCAUAUACUGGCAACCCAUUCCUUUCAUGAUGAAUGCCACAGUGGUUCUGAAAGGAACCCUUAAGUGAUGCAUGUUUUAAACAAACUGAAAUAUGCUUCUGUUCUAGUUGUGUUUGGGCAUGCAAACACUUAAAAAUUUUUGACGGGGGUAUGUGAUACCAACAUUCAUGAAUAUACCAGGGGAAAACUGAAGUAAAUAAUUAUGCUGGGAAAACUUUUCCCAGAAGUCCUACACUGUAUUUUGGAUUUGGAUUUGAAAGUCUUUUAUUUGAAUGUGUUGCACCAUGAGUUCUGUUAUAAAUUUCCCUCCCUCUCUCCAACCCCCAACUGAAGUGUAUUCAUCAAAUUGCCGAGUUGGAAAGGUUUGUAAUGAGUUCUUUGAGCUGUGAAUUCCACCCCCCCAACCCCCUAAAUCUUCAUCUAACAUUAAAUAAAGCAAAUCCCAAACAGAUUAACUGUCAAACGGUUAUGCUCCAUCUCUUCAAUCUGCUUUUAGGGUUUCCAAAGGGGACUGUGUUGAUUAAGUAAGGAGAUGACAUGGUCUUCUUCCAUUGGUGUAGGAAGAUAGCAGAUAUGAUUCUCUGAAAAAGAGCAGUGCUACACAGUGCAAGCAUGGCUUUCGCCCAGUCGCACAUUAUGGCAGCUAGAAGGCAUCAGCACAGUCGACUCAUAAUAGAAGUGGAUGAGUACAGCUCAAACCCCACACAGGCUUUCACGUUCUACAACAUUAACCAGGGACGUUUUCAGCCCCCACAUGUGCAAAUGGUGGAUCCUGUACCCCAUGAUGCUCCCAAGCCUCCAGGAUAUACCCGGUUUGUCUGUAUUUCUGAUACUCACUCAAGAACUGAUCCAAUCCAAAUGCCAUAUGGAGAUGUUUUAAUACAUGCUGGUGAUUUUACUGAGCUGGGACUUCCUAGUGAAGUUAAAAAAUUCAAUGAGUGGUUAGGUAGCCUUCCAUAUGAAUACAAGAUUGUAAUAGCAGGAAAUCAUGAACUGACCUUUGACCAAGAGUUCAUGGCAGACUUAAUCAAGCAGGACUUUUACUACUUCCCAUCUGUAUCUAAGCUGAAGCCAGAGAGCUAUGAAAAUGUACAGUCUCUUCUAACAAAUUGCAUCUAUCUUCAGGACUCUGAAGUGACAGUGAGGGGUUUCAGAAUAUAUGGCUCCCCUUGGCAACCUUGGUUUUAUGGCUGGGGCUUUAAUCUUCCACGAGGCCAAGCACUAUUAGAGAAAUGGAACCUUAUUCCAGAUGGAAUAGAUAUUCUUAUAACACAUGGACCACCUCUCGGUUUUCUAGAUUGGGUUCCUAAGAAGAUGCAAAGAGUAGGAUGUGUGGAGCUGCUGAACACAGUCCAAAGACGAAUACAGCCUAGGCUUCAUGUUUUUGGACAUAUCCAUGAAGUUCUUCUUGGAAAAAUCUGUGACAAAGAUAAAUGGGAAACAAAGACAUUUUGGUACCAUUAUCUGCCAGAAGCAGAUCAAAGACUACCAUUUCAUCAUUAAAAUAUUUGUGAACACACAGAAGUGAAUGCAUUCCAUGUAUGUAUCAAGUAGGAGUUUCUGUAUAUACUAUACAUUAUACUGAACUUAUUAUUAAAAGAACAAUGUCUUUUCAAAGAAAUGUUUCUUUUAAAAUGUUUACAGUUUAAACAAUGUUUAGACUAGGAUUUCAUCAUUGAAAAUAUAUCCCAGUGAGCACUUGGUAAAAGGAAGCGCCAAUGAUAUUUCCUCUGAAUUAAUAUGGCACAUUUAAUAGUACCAUAUUUAGCCGGUUAAUUGAAGCAAGGUAUUAUUCCAAAUCCUUCAAGUCUAUCUUUUCAUUCUUUUCAAGCCAGUACAGUACAAGCUUCUUAUUCACUGUACUGUAAUGCAGUCUAAUUAAAUCUAACAUUACAGAUGGAAAGAGAAAUGGAGUGUAGCACCAAGGUGCUCUGAACAGCUUGAACAUUCUAGAAAGGAGAUCAGGCUAAAUGCAAAACAAGUAUAGGAACUGGUAUCUUGGCCCUGCCUGUGAAAAGUUGUUAUCUCCAUAUUUAAAAGUUGCUUAUAUCUUAAUAAUAGAAUCCUAGAAAAUUAGGGUUGGAAGGGCCCUCAGGAGAUCCUACCUUAUUAUGGGUAGGACUAGAUGGAUGGGUUGAAAUUAAUAUGGCAGGUUGUGUGUGAUGGCAUGUAAAAUCCAAAAGAAUGCCCAUAGCAUUCAGCAGCUGGUUUAAAAAAGAGCCCAUUGCAACUACUGGGCUUUAAAAAAUGACAGUGGGAUAAUGGCCUUUCAUAAUAUUACUGCUUUGAAUCUGGCCCAUGCUGGAAGUGAUUAAAGAUCAUUAGGUAAUUUUGUUAUUGUGAGAAUGAGAUUGGCCUUUCAUCUUCUAAUAGUUGUUCAGUAGUAAAAUGAAUGAUGGUGACGCCUCUCCAGUUCAUACAGCACAGGUGUUCACGUCACAAAACAUAUUGCAGCUAUGUGCUGUCCAGUGGAUGGUAUGACUGUAGUAGAGGCUGAGGACCAAACAAGUCAAGGAGACUGAUCUAUAAGGAUAAAAGUUGCUUUCAUUCUUUCAUAUGUGAAGACUAAGGUACAAGGGCAGGACAGUACUGUGUGGGAAAGCUGCCUUUUAAUGGGCUAACAGAGGAGUUGAGUCUGUAAGACUUUGUCCAGAACUUUACCUAAACUCUGGAAUUCACAGUAACAUACUUCACAUAAAAAAACAUACUAGGCUUGUCUACAUAUUCAUUAAUGCACCAUAGUUAUUGCACAUUUAGUUUACUAGGACAUGUGUAGACAAAACGGGGGCCCUAAAUUGAAGUGGUGGGUUUUAAAAAACACCGCUUCAAUUUAGGGUUGAUUAAACCCCUAUGUUAUGCACACACCCCUCUGACUUACCUGCCACGCCAGCGGGGAGGGGAGGGCGAGCUGCUGGUGGCUGGAGCGGUCCCUGGGCUGCGGUUGGGGCUGGUGCUUCCCUCUGCAGAGCUGUGGCCUCCCCCCAUUUGGCAUCCGCCUGCAGGCACGUGGCUCGGGUGGUGCUGGGGGGCACUGCAGGCGCAGAGGAAAGCACCAGGCCCCCACACAGCUCAGGCAGGUAGGCUCGGGUGGGGGGCAAGAAAUCAAGCUCACCGCUUUUCUUGGGUGGACCUGCUUUCCUGGGCUGCUGCAUAACCAAGUACUAAAUGACUUCAUAGUAACUGAUGUUACAGUACACUAGCGUCCCCACACUUUUUUCUGAUGCUACUGCGCAGUAGCAACAAAGUACUUGCACAGUAGCUUGUUACUACUGCUCAGUAGCAUUGCAUCAUGGUUAGUCCCCCCAACACUACUGCACAGUAGUAUCUCAUGUAGACAUGCCCAGUGACACUCAGUCACAGCGAGUCUGGCAGAAACAAGAUUCCCUUUCUGUACUUCAUAUAUACUACAGUUCUUCUUCCACCUGAUGCUGGGAAGCAAUGAAAUUUUAUUACAAUAAGUUCAGUCAUGCUAUUAACCCACCAAUGUCAGAAAGUAUGACAUGCCACAAAUCUCUAAUUUCAAGUGACUUGUGCGACUUGAGACCUAUAAUAGUUUUCUGCUCUUUGCUGAAACUAAAAGCAAACAAACAGGGGGUCUCAUCAUGUAACCUUUUUUCCAUGUGAAUUGUUCAUAUGUACGUGAACAGUCUGCCAUUAAAUUUGGAUGGAAGUAAUUUGGCAAAAUCCUUUUACAAGAUUGGUUCCUGAAUCAGCAAGGAUUGAAAGUAAUCAUUUAUUGCUAACUUCUUACCAUCCUUGGAAAGAAAACCAGUCCCAUGUACUUAGAAUAAAAGUCUUUUAGCCAGUCACGAUUCAAAUGCUUUGCAAAACAAGUGUGGCAGGAAAUUGGCUGCACGUUAAUGAAAUCUGAAAUGUUUACAUUCACUCUUGGCACUUCAAAUACUAAAAUGUUAAAGGGGGGGGAGGAGGGAAGAGGCCCUUUUACUAGCCUCAACAAAAUUUUUAUGUCAACCAUAAAAUAUUGUCUUAAAAAUAAUUUUUCCUAAGAUAUCUCAAAAUACUGUGUAUUUUUAUGUGAAAAUGAUAUGAAAGCAGCUGUUACUUUAAAAAAUCAUUAAAAGUACUUGAGGUAUGAAAGCUUAAAGGUUAUUUAAUCAUUUUGGCAUAACUUGAUAGUUGUUGUUGUAAUAUUUGUCAAGCAUGUUACACAAAUAAAAUUUUGCAAA